AUGUCUUUGGAGGUUUCUGCCGUUUUAACCUCAGAGGACAGCAGGUUUGGGAAUGUGUCCUGGGACUCAUCCGGACAGCAGCACCACUACAUCUGGCUCCCUGGCAUCGGCAUCGCGGCUGUUUACGGCAUCAUCAUCAUCGUCGGUCUAGUGGGAAAUGUUACUUUGUUGAAGACAUGUCUGUUGGUGAAGUCUAUGCGGACUGUGCCCAAUUUGUUCCUGUCCAGUUUGGCUGUGGGGGACCUGCUGCUGCUGGUGACCUGCGCGCCUGUGGACGCCAGCCGGUACCUGGUGGAUGAGUGGCUGUUCGGCCGAGUGGGAUGUAAACUCAUCCCGUUCAUCCAGCUCACCUCAGUGGGAGUCUCUGUUUUCACCCUCACUGCUCUGUCCGCAGACCGGUACAAGGCGAUUGUGACACCCCUGGAUAUCCAACGGUCCAGUCCUACGCUCAGUAUCUGUCUACGAGCAGCUGCCAUCUGGCUUGUCUCUGUGACCCUGGCCAUUCCUGAAGCUGUCUUCUCUGACCUGCACACCUACACCACAAGUAACACCAAUGAGACAUUUGUGACCUGUGGACCCUACCCCCACGCUGGGGAGCUGCACCCAAAAAUCCACUCCACAGCCUCCUUCCUGAUCUUCUACAUCAUCCCACUCUUCAUCAUAUCUGUCUACUACUUCUUCAUUGCACGCAGCCUGAUCAGGAGCUCUUUAGACAUUCCAGCUGAAGGACACCUACACAUCCAGAAACAGAUCAAGUCCAGGAAGCGUCUAGCCAAGACUGUGUUGGUGUUCGUUGGGUUGUUUGCCAUCUGUUGGCUGCCCAGUCAUGUGAUCUACCUGUACCGCUCAUACCACUAUGAUCAGGUGGACACGUCGCUGGGCCACUUCAUCACCAGUGUGUUUGCUCGCAUCUUGGCUUUCACCAACUCCUGUGUGAACCCGUUUGCCCUCUACCUGAUGAGCAAAAGCUUCAGCAAACACUUCAACCAGCAGCUCCUGUGCUGCCCUUCUCAACCACGGCUGUACAGUCAGAAUAGUAAUACUACAAACAUGACCUCAGUCUGAAAGAUUGUCGGUCCUGUAAGAGGGUAACGUCAUGUUGAUCCUUCUUCAUCUUUUCCUGAACUGUCAACUGUAGUGAGAAACAGGGUACUCAUUCUCACUGAAGAAUAAAUCUAAUGACAAAACUAUAAUCACUUAGAAUUUAGCUUCAAGUCUUGUGAAUAUCAUUUGUUAUUAUUGUUAUCGCAAAUAAUUCAAAGAAAAUCCAAAAAAAGUUCAAUAACAGGUGAUGUAAAAAGUUAAUUGUUCCC